CACAUGCCUCUACUAUAAAUAGGUUUUGACAGCAGUAGAGUUUGACUUGUGCAAUUAGCCGGUAAGCCGGAACAACUAACCACGAACUAAUAUUUCAUACACGAAUAGUAUUUAUUAUUUUAAAUAUACUUAUACCUACUUGAACUUAUAUUUAAAUUUUCUCAGAUUGUAAAAUUAAAGUUAUUAUUGAUUUUCAAUCAUUUCCAAAUUAAAUUUCCGUAACUAAAAUAAAAAUGGGCAAAAUCAACAGGAAAUUUCAAGUAACGGUAAGACAACAGAAGAGACCAAAUUUACCAAAAGCUGCCGUUAACAUUUUAACUAAAUGGUUAGAAGAGAAUUGCACCAACCCUUAUCCAUCUGAGUCUACGAAGAAAACAUUAAUGGAAGUUACGAAAUUAACUAAAAAUCAAGUAAUUUUUUUAAUAAAUGAUGAUACAAUUAGCUUUGUGUAAUAAACUUAUAAGUAUUAAUAUUACUUAUUUUGUUUAAACUGUUAUUAUACAUUUAUAUAGAUUUAUAAUUGGUUCAUAAACAGCCGUCGUAGAAUUCUUCCAAACAUUUUAAAGGAAAAGGAUAUGGACAAAAGUCUUAUUUUAUUGAAAAUUAAAAAGUUCACAUGUUUCAAUCGUAACAAGUUUGCACACCAUUUUGAAAAUAAAACACAAUGGUAUGAAUUAAAAUACUUACCUACUUAAGAAAAUAUCUUUACUACAGAAAAAAAGAAAAAAAAUAUGUACCGCAUAUUUGUACUUUCUAUUGAUACAAUUUAGAUACAAAUUUGUUGAAACCGUUUUUAAUAAAAUUCAGUGAUACUAAAUUAGUAGUAUUCAGCGGCUGAUCCAGAAAUUUUUUAAAGGUGGGGGGCAAUAUUGUUUAUAUUCUCAGUAAAUUAACUAUAAAUUAUAUAUUAAAUUAAUAUAAAAUAUAUAAAUGAAAACUGUAGUCCAUUGACAGGGGGCACGUGCCCCUAUGUCCCCCUGAAACCACCACUUGUUGUAUCUACCAAGUAAAUAUGUACCAUUAAAUUUUAAUUGAAUAUAAAUCAGUAUGUAUAUCUAAACAAUGUAGUAAUGACGUCAUCUAUUUUUAAAUAAAUAUUAAGAUAGCUAUCUAUUUAAUAGUUAAUAUUGAUCUCAACUUUUGUUUAGAAUAUUUUAUGCGUAUAACAACAUCAAUACUCACCUACGAAAGUAAUAUUUCUUUGUCCUUAUAGGUACCUAUGGCUAAUAUUAAUAAUAGGAAUACAUCCUACGUAUUAUUAUUUAUACUAAUACUUGGCAUUUGCCAGUAGGUAUUAUAAUAACUUAUUGGUAUUUCUCUGUUACUUUACUUCCUAUUAUCGUUUAAAAACUUAGUUUGAUAUUUUUACCUACCUGUUAAUCAUAAUCAAAUUAAACACAAGUUUAAUACUUAUUAUGUACUUUUAUUAUUUACUCUUCAGGAUUUUCAGAGUGAAUAUUAUGAAAAUAAAUUAAUUUAAUGGAUUAUUUUUUUCAGUACACCAAAUAAACCAAUUUCCUAUUCGGAAACAAAAACUACAUCAAAAAACGAAGAAUACAAUUUGCAGUUGCUUGCAGAAGUGGCUACUAAACUACCGCGAAUCACACCAAUUUAAUAUUUAAAGAAAAUAAAAAUGUUUUAUUAUAAUAUAAUAUACCUACUUAUCAUAUGAAUGUGGUAGAUGCCUUUAUAUUAUUUUAGGUGAGAUUAGUGAAUAGGUUUAUUUUGUGAGCAUUUAUAUUUUGUAAAUUAUAAGUUUAUCUGUUAAGUACUUAUGAUACCUGUACUAUAUAUAUAUAUAUAUAUAUAAAAUAAAAAGCAUU